AUGACUUUUCAGCAAAAUAAUCCAGAGUCUCACCGUGCUGCAGUCAUGAUUUACCAGCAAGAUAAUCGAGAGUCUCACCGAGAUGCAGUCACGACUUAUCAGCAAAACAAUCCAGAGUCUCACCGUGCUGCAGUCAUGAUUUACCAGCAAGAUAAUCGAGAGUCUCACCGUGCUGCAGUCAUGACUUAUCAGCAAAACAAUCCAGAGUCUCACCGUGCUGCAGUCAUGACUUACCAGCAAGAUAAUCCAGAGUUUCACCGUGCUGCAGUCAUGACUUACCAGCAAAAUAAUCCUGACUCACCGUUCUGCGGUGGCAAAUUAUAG